AUGUUUGCCCGUCUUCCCAGACUGCAGGAGAUUUACUACGAGCCUUGGAGAGAAUGGUUGGAUAUUCAGCAGGGAUAUACAGAUCAAGGUGAGUACUGCUGCGUCAGUUCAUCAUUCUCUACCAUGUAUGUGUUCAUUGCUAUAUUGCUUGCCGCUGACAAUCUACCAAUCUUCAUCUUUGACCUAGCUUUCCGAUCACUUUUUGAAUCGCUCGCUUCUAGCAAAUUACAAAGACUCAUACUCUUCGAGAAUUUCAACCAACAGUACCCACCAGCUUUUACGGGUAGUUUUUUUGGUUGCAACCCUAUCCGAACCCCGACCUCUGGUGUCAGCUGGGCAGUCGCCAAACCUAGUCUUAAGCUUGAGAAACUCUCAGCAUCAUUUAUUGUAGAUGCCAGCUGCUUCUUCCAGUCUUGUGAACCUUCCUGGAAGUGGCCCAGCAUGACUUCACUUGCGCUGACUUCACAACUGCUCCUACCUGAUGAGAGCCCAAUUGAGAUUGAUAACAUGCUCCAGACAGCGGCAGCGGUGGCCAUGAAAAUGCCGAAUCUUAAAUUAAUGGAGAUAUGGAAUGGACGAGAGGGAUCGGCAAUGCUCUUCAGAUAA